AACCAAAAACAAGCAAUCUAAUAGCUUUAUCUUUUCAUACAUCUGUAAUCUCUUCAAAAGAAUUCAAAGUUUCAGAAAACCUUAAAAAAAUAGAAAUGGCUUUGGUGAGAAGUUUAUUGAGUGCAAAGAAGAUCCUGGGCCUAUCCGUCUCAGCAUCUUCUACAAGCAAAAGAGCAGCAGCCUCAGCGGCACCACCUAAAGGGUUUCUUGCAGUGUACGUAGGAGAGAGCCAGAAGAAGAGAUAUAUGGUGCCAAUCUCAUACUUGAGCCAGCCUUCGUUUCAAGCUCUUCUCAGCAGAUCCGAGGAAGAGUUUGGUUUUGAUCAUCCGAUGGGUGGCUUAACCAUCCCUUGUCCUGAGGAUACUUUCAUCAAUGUGACUUCUAGGCUUCACUGA